AUGUCACAAGAAUCGCACUUCAACUCAGUGCGGCGGCCGCGCGAGACACUCGGCGCGGUCAGUCACAACGUCUCCGCUAUACCGAUGCCGGCCUCCGCAAUGAAGCGAUCGACCUCGCAAGCGAACUUACAGGCGCCAUACACAGCUAGCCAUGUGCGGACGACAUCCGGGUCGCGCAUGUCCCUCGCGCCCAACAGACCCGCGCAGCCUCAGUUUGGACUAACACGAUCCUCUUCCGGUGAUAACUUGGCCGGUAUGGGCUUCUCUACUGUCCAGCGACAGAGCACGGCGAACUUCUUGGCAAGCACGGGAGGACGAAAGAGCUAUGCGCCGGUGACGAGCACACCCGCGAACCCGCUGCAGCUACAGGAGAGCACACAGCGACGGAGUAGUGUCUACAGCGCCCGCCCGUCGCAAGGAUUUGGUCCGACUGGCCACCAAUCUUUCUUUGCGACCGCACCUCCAGUAAAUGGCAUCCCGCCAGAUCCACGACGGCUAAAGGACAAAAGUCUCCAAGCUGAAAUGGGCAAUGAGAUCAUGGAAUUCCUGUCGCAAAGGAACUUCGAGAUGGAGAUGAAGUACACCCUCACGAGCAAGAGCAUGACCUCACCGACCAUGAAGGACUUCCAGCUCACUUUCCAGUUCCUAUACCACUGUAUCGACCCCUCCUACCGCUUCCAAAAGGCCAUGGAUGCAGAAGUCCCACCCUUACUCAAGCAGCUGCGAUAUCCGUUCGAGAAGCACAUAUCCAAGUCAGCACUAAGCGCGGUUGGUGGUGCGAACAGCUGGCCUGCAAUCCUUGCGAUGCUUCACUGGAUCAUGAAUCUGGCGAAAAUGAUGGAGCAGUAUUCGACUGGUGUUUACGAUGAAGCUUGCAUAGAGGCUGGCUACGACGUGAGCGCUGAUCGUAUCACGUUUCAAUUCUUGUCGGAUGCAUACAAGGAGUGGUUGUCGAUCGAAGAUGACGAUGAUGGCGACGAGGAGGCGAACCGGAAGAUACAGCCACAUGUCGAUGCGAUGGCCGCGAAGUUCGAGCUGGCCAACCAAGCAAACCUGGAACAGAUGAAGCAGCUCGAGGCCGAGGGUCAAGCACUGCAGGAGCAGAUCGAUGAGCUUUCGAAGUCUGCACCGAAAUUGGCCAAGCUGGAUGAGACGAUUGAUAUCCUGGAGAAAGACCGUGCCAAGUUCGAGGACUAUAACGCCAAGAUCGAGUCCAAGGUCGAGAAGUACAUGAAUCGAGCAGAUUUGAUUCAGCAAGAGAUCGAAAAGUGCGAAGAAGAGAUGCGUGAGGCGGAGGAGGAUCGUAACGAGCUCCAGCGACGAGUCGAUGAGCAGGGCCUGAGUCUGCAGGAUAUCGAUCGCAUGAACACCGAACGCGAAAGACUGCAGAAGGGCGUGGAAGCGACCAGCAUUCGUCUUGAAGAGUCCAAGGAGCGUACCUCGAAGAAAGAGAUCGAGACGGGAGGGAGGCUUGACGAGCUGGAGUCGAGCGUGCAGCGCUUCAACAGCAUGGGCUACCAGGUCGGCAUCAUACCUUCCACAGCCUCGAAUGCCGAAGGACUCGACCACGAGCUGCACCUCAGCCUGAACUCGGGUCCAGAAUUCUCGACUUCGCAGCUCAACGCCUCUGUCACCAUACCCGCAGAUCGCCUGCUCUCAGAUCCAGCCACCGGGUACCAGCCGCAACAUCUGCUGCCCACGACUGACCUUCGACAUCUGAAGAAGCACCUCCAGGAUUUGCGCAAGACGAUCUCCGACCGCAGAUCUCAAAGCAUGGAAGACGACCUGGCCAAGGUUGAGAUGCUGGACAAGACGAAGGAAGCUCUGGAUGACAAGUAUGCGGAGCUAGAAUCGCUCGACCACCGCAUGCGAGCAGCGCAAGAAGAAUGCGAAAGAGAGAGAGAGGUCUGUAGAGUGCAGGAUAUGAACUGCGAAGCUCAAGUGGAAAGACUGGAGAAGGAGCUUGGAAGGCUCAGGCAACGCGAGACAGAGACCGUGCAGGGUGUUGAGCAGAGGGAGAUGAAUGUUCAUCUUGAGUACGAACAACUCACCAUCCGCUCCGCGGCCAUUCGAGAGGAAUUACACACGGAGCUCGAGAGGAUGCUGAACGAGAUCAUUCGCUUCAAGAUCCACGUUCAGGGAAGCCUGGAAGGCUUUGAGGAGUUUGUCGCACAGGAGGUUGAGAGGGAGAUGGAGGAGGGUGCGCAGGCUCAUAUCGAUGAGGCUCAAGACUUGGAGGCCGAGCAGAAGGGUAAUGAGAUGGAGAUUGAGGAGUAG